AUGACAAGGAACAAGGAAUAUGGGGAAACCAGGAUCUGGAAGAAGGUGGUGGAAAUUUACACUGGGAAGAAUUUACGCAUCGUUCACUCCACCUAUAAACUCACGCCAAGUCUUUCCAUGUCAACAGCGGAGGACGUUGUCUUUAACUCGUGCAGAGCACCGGUCUACGAUAUUGAACGAACAAGAUCCCUCGCUGCUGUCAAGGUUCCUUGCAGUGUAGAAGGAUCCAAUAUGAUAAGGACCAAAGAAUAUGCGAAAUACAGUCUCCACAGAGGUAGAGAUCACCAAACCACUUAG